GUCGUUUUUUAUUAUGUUCGGGCAAAUAGUAAUAAAAAUAAGACUACUAUUAUUAUCGCCAUUAUUAUUACUAUUAUUAUUAACAUUAUUAUUAUCAUUAUUAUCAUGCCUUCCUCGUAAAUGAAGAAAAUGGCUGCCCUAGUCUCUCGUAAGGAGAAGAAGCGCGUGUUACGUAAUAAGAAGCGCGUUGCCACCCGUGUCGCCGCCCGGGUCGCUGCUCGCGCUCGCGAGCAGGUGAUGCUUCUGCCUAUGCUCUCUUCUACCGCCGCCCCUCUUACGUCCCCUUCGGUGGUCCUCUCUCCUCGGGUAGAGGAGGAGGCCGCUAAGGAGGCCGAGGAGAAGAAAGCCGCCAAAAAGGCUGCUAAGAAGGCUGCUAAGAAGGCUGCCAAGCCUCCUUCCGCCGCCGCCGCCGCCGACACUAUGUUCUCGACCCCCCCCUCUCCUCUCCUCUCCGUCGCCACCCUUGUUAUAAGUGGUAACCCUUUCGAAAGCUUAUCUUCGGAUGAAGAGGACAUCCCCGCCGUCCUCCCCCGUACCGUUAUUACCGCCCCGCCCUCCGUAAAGGAGGAAGAUAACGUCCUAAGGGACGCUACUUAUAAUAAGGAGGAAGAAGAGGAAGAGGAGGAUGACGACGACGACGACGAUAAUGAUAUGGUCCGCCGGAUCGCACGCCCCGUCCCCGCCCUCGCUGCCCCCGCUCCCUCUAUUAGCGAGCGCCGAGACCCUUGUCUCCAGUGCGUGAAGAGCGCCGUGGCUAGCGCUUUUUUAGGGGGUUACUCUUGCCAACCCUGCCCCGCCCACCUGCUCCCGGUGGCUCGCCGUUUAGUAUCUGCCCUUAUGGCACACUAAGAGGCC